AUGGGGCUGGAGCGCGGUCGGAAAGCCUCCCUCCCCCUCAUCCUCAACUUCGCAGCACUCGCCAUGGCCAUCUCAGCCAUCACCACCAACUUUUGGUGUGAGGGAACGCGCAAGGUGAUGAAGCCCUUCUGUGCUGAGGGUGCCAGCAUGCUGAAGCAGCAGCACUACUGCAUCGCCUUCAACAGCUCCAACUUCAACGACAGCCGGCAGGUGCAGUACAUCUACGAGACGGGAGAGGACAAGUUCGUCAUGAGGCGCUUCCACACCGGCAUCUUCUUCUCCUGCGAGCAGGCGGACGACAUGAUCGCUUUCGAAUGCAGGGAAUUCAUGGGGGUCACUCCAGUACAAGAGCGAGCUGUGUUGUGGCUCUGUAUGGUGGCAGAGUGUCUUUACACCUCGUUGAUGGCCAUAGGGGGCGCUCUAAUGUGGACAGAGGCGUGCCACUGCUGCAACAUGAUGAACAGGCUCAAAAUAAACGCCUUCGCCGCUCUCUGCACAGCCCUGGCAGGUCUCUUUGGGAUGCUGGCCCACAUGAUGUUCAUGACCUCAUUCCAGCUGGCCAUCCUGAUUGGACCAGAGGACUGGAGGCCCAAGACUUGGGACUACAGCUGGUCUUACCUACUGGCGUGGACCUCCUUCGCCACCUGCAUGGGCUCGGCAGUGACGGCCCUGAACCGUUACACCAAGACCAUCACAGAGUUCAAGUUCAAGCGGAAGAACAUCGAGAAGAACCUGCGGCUCAAGCAGAAGCUGCUGGACCUGGAUGUCCCUGAGCAGAUUUGGAACAUGCAUAUUUCCCACCACAAAUCCACCACAACUCACCUCGUUCACUUCCAAUCAAUUGUUUGCAACUUCUUGCCCCAUGGUCAGAAAGUAGAGGGCGUGACUUAG